ACAGUAUCUCCACCAGAAUAAUGUAAGAAAGAGGGGGGGAGAGGGGCAAUUCGGUCAUUCCACGUCGCCAUCGAAAGCAAAAUUCUCAGCCAGAGCAUCUUUAAAAGCACUCUCAUUCAUUCGUAAGGUAAUAAGAAUUGAUUAAGAAAGAUAAAUUAAAUUAAUUUUCUUGAAAAAUGACGACGCAGAGGCAGCAGCAGGAGCCAUCACCGCCGCAACAAGAAUCGGCGGCGGCGGCGAUGAAGAAGUCCUCCUCCGGGAUGGUGGUGGGGAGCCCGCUAAUGAAUUUGAAUAUAAUUGAUGGCGGCGGCGAUAGGGACGAGGAAAUGACGCGGUCGGCGCUGGCGGCGUUCCGAGCAAAGGAGGAGGAGAUCGAGCGCCGGAAAAUGGCCGUCCGGGAGAAAGUCCAGGAGCAGUUGGGCCGCGUUGAGGAGGAGACCAAACGCCUCGCCGAAAUCCGCGAGGAGCUGGAAGGUUUGAAUGAUCCGAUGAGGAAGGAAGUGGGAAUGAUUCGUAAAAGGAUCGAUCUCAUCAAUCGGGACUUGAAGCCCUUGGGGAUCACCUGCCAGAAGAAGGAAAGAGAGUAUAAAGAAGUGCUUGAAGCAUUUAAUGAGAGGAACAGAGAGAAGGGUCUCCUCGUCGCCAAGCUCAUCGAGUUAGUGAGUGAGAGUGAGAAGUUGAGAUUGAAGAAAUUGGAGGAGCUUUGCAAGAGCAUCGACGCCCUUCGCUGACCUGGAAACAAAUAUAUAUAUAUAUAUAUAUAUAAGAUUGUCUGUUUCUAAUUGUAUGUUUGCUUACCAAUUGUCAGAUUCAAGUAAUUGUGUGUGGAUUGGUUUUUUUCUUGUAAAAUGAUUUGACAUUACAUUUCUGAUUU